AUGUCCUUCAAGGAUCUUAUCGAACCGGAAUGUGGAGGAGCGAACCCGUUGAUGAACCUGGGCCGGCAGGUGCGGCGUGAUGUUGCCCUACAGGACGAAGGUUUGGCGGGUGGACGAAGUUCUUUCGCCGGAGCAGAUCGAGAGCUUGUGAAGGAAUACAUGGACCAAAUAGCACCGGGUCCACAAACCUUUCGCAUGGAUGAGCUGCUGAAGGAGAUGCGUGAAAUUGAUGCCCACAACCAUCGGCAGCAGCAAAUGGUAGGGCCGGGUCGAUCAAUCGAUAUGGUAGGACCUGGUGGAGCUUGGGCCGAGGAAUUUCGCUCUGAUGCCGCCCAUCCGAGAGAGGAAAGCAAGCUUUCGAGUGUUUGGUCUCAAUCGCAAUUGCCACCAAUUCAUGCCAAUAUGCGAGAGGCCACGAAUCAGCAGCCCACCAUUCGGCAAGCGGCCAGUGACAUGAUGUAUCACGCUUACGGUGGACAAAUGUACAAUCCAAACAUACGUCAGAGUGAGUUUGUACGCUUUAUGGGCAACGUAAGUGCGGGAAAUGUGCGGAUCAACGAUGGAAGUGUUGAGGUGUCGCACAGCGUAUGGGAGAAUCGAUUCGAUGAACUGGAAGCAAGCUCGUCAAAGAGGAAAGUGCAGCAGCAAGAACAAAAACCAGCCGAAACACAACAACAGGAAGAUGACUGGGCGAAGGCAUUUGUGGACGAAAAACAGGAACAGGAUGAAGCCUCAGACAAUUUUAACAAGCAGUUCUGGGAGCGUCUGCAAGACGAAUGGCGAACGCUGUCGGAGGGCGAGGGCAAGCAUCCGUGGCUGUCAGAAUUUAAUGAUUUUUACGAUCCCUUCAAGGAGUACAAAUUCGACGAAGAAAACCCGAUGGAGGACGUGGAGAAUGCGUUCGAGAAGGGUAAAGCGUUCCUGGAACAGGGUGACAUUCCGAGUGCAGUCCUGUGCUUUGAGUCAGCCGUCAAACAGGAUCCGGAGAAUCCGGAAAUUUGGGAAAAGCUAGGCUUUUCACAGGCAGAGAACGAGAAAGAUCCGAACGCGAUCGCUGCAUUCAACAAGGCACUUUCAUUCAACCCCAAUAACAUGCCGGUUCUGAUGGCUUUAGCCAUAUCCUACACUAACGAGGUGUUGCAAAACCAGGCCUUACGGAUGUUAGUUCGCUGGAUGAAAUGUAAUCCGAAGUAUGAGCAUCUGGUACCGCCGGAGAUGCUUCAAGCGGAGGAUUCGCCCAUAGCAAGCUCGCUGAUGGGCGGACCGAAAUUAAAGGACGUGCAGGAACUCUUCAUAAAGGCUGUACAACAGUCACCAACCGAGAUCGAUGCGGACAUACAGGAAGCGCUUGGCGUGCUGUUCAAUCUAUCAUCUGAGUUUAACAAGGCGGUUGACUGUUUCAAUGCCGUAUUACAGGUACGUCCGGAAAGUUCCAAGGCGUGGAACCGACUGGGCGCCAGUUUAGCCAACGGCAAUCGUGCAUUGGAAGCGGUUGAUGCGUACCAGCGUGCACUCGCGUUCCAUCCUGGGUUCAUUCGUGCCCGGUUCAACGUUGGCGUGAUUUGUGUCAAUUUGAAGGCGUACAAGGAAGCGGCAGAACAUCUGUUGACGGCGCUGAACAUGCAGGCAAACUCAGCCGCUCGUUCCGGGCUGAAGGUGCAGUCGAUGUCUAAUCAAAUGUCCGGUGCAAUCUGGAGCUUGCUGCGCAUGGUGCUGUCGCUUAUGAACAGGAAAGACCUGCAUAUUGCCGUAGAGAAACGAGAUCUGGAGGUGCUUAAUCGAGAGUUUCCGAUGAGCAACGACUAA